GAACUCACCCUCGAAGCCAAUCGCCGCCGUGAAAUGGGCAACCUCAUGAGCAAGGCGCCUCCUCACCGGAGCAAUAGCAGAAGCCACCAGCCUCCUCCUCCUCCUCCUCCUCCUCCGCCGCCGCCUCUCGCGGCGGAGCGACCUGAGGGUACCGUCCCUAGCACCAAUUUGGGCGCCGAUUCCAAUGUCGGCUCCGACGCGCAGAUAAACCCCUCCGAGGCCGAUUUGAGCUCGUACGAAGACGAAUCGAGGUCCGAUCCUGAGCUACAGACGUUUGAAUCGACUCUACAAGCGCGCACAAGCCGCGCCAUAAACUCCAUCGCCGUCGACCUCGAGAUGCGCUCCCUCUCCCUCAAUUCGCUCCGAGAAGUCACCGAAUCGCUCCUCGAAAUGAAUCAUGAAGUCGCGAAGAUCAUUCUCAGAAACAAAGACGAUAUUCUGAAAAAUCCAGAGCUCUCCGAUCUCGUUGACGACUACUUCGACAACAGUCUAUUAACCAUGGAUUUCUGCAAUGCACUCGGCGUUUGCCUCAAACGCGCCGGCCAUAUCGAGUCGAUUAUCAAUGUAGCUCUCCGGAAAUUCAAGGAAGAACACCACGCGCCGCUUCCAGAAGGUUCUUCGAGGAAUUAUUCAAAAACAUUGGAGGAACUGAACAUUUUCCGCACUGCGGAGGCUCCAUUUUCGCAGGAAUUCUUCAAUGUUUUCAAUUCCGCUCGCACAAAGCAAUAUUCAAUUCUGGCGAGGCUUCAAUCGGAGAAGAAGAAGCUGGACAACAAACUGGGGAAACUCAAGGCAUGGCGGAAGGUUUCCUAUGUGAUAUUCGUCUCCACAUUCGCCACAGUUCUGAUAUGCUCUGUGUUAGCAGCAGCUCUCCACGCCUCCCCUGUAGUGGCAGCAGUCGCCGCGGCUGCCUCCAUGCCCUUAACUUCAAUCGGAAGAUGGCUCGACUCUAUCUGGAAGAAAUCUGAGAGGGAAUUGAAGGGACAGGGGAAGGUCAUAACUACAAUGCAGCUUAAGAAUUUCAUCAUCAUCAAUGAUCUGGAGACCAUAAGGGUGCUAGUGGACAAUUUCCAGAUCAAGAUUGAGGAGUUGUUGGCGAAUGCUGAAGCUGCAACAAUGGAGGAUCAGGCUGUGGUGAUUGCAAUGGAGGAGAUUCAAAGGAAGGUGGAUGGAUUUGUGAAUACUGUCCGUGAAUUGAAUGAGUAUGCAGAUAAAUGCACUCGAGAAAUCGCCAGGGCUAGGAAUGCUGUGUUGAUGAGUAUAAUCAAUCAUCCAAACGGGUCGAAUCAGGAAUUUGGUAUGUUCCCUUGAUGCUUACUGACUGUUUAAUUGUCUGCACUUAGUAAGUUAUAAGAUCUUGCCAUUGAUGUAUAUGGAUUCUUGCUUAUCUAAGCUUAUUAGAUAUAUAUAUAUAUAUAGUUCUUACAUAUGUGGUGUGUAACUGAUGAUCUUAUUCUUGUUGUGCAAUAGAGAUGUUACAGAGAGUCAGCUAUAGUUGGCCAUUGAUUGUGUUUAUAAUUUUGCAUCUGUUUUGAGUUGUUUGUGGAUUUGUGAUUGAUUUUGGAUUCACAUAUUUUGAAUUGAACUGUUAUGAUUG